AUGAGUGAUGCGAAUAAAUCCUCGACCGCCAAGGGUGCUCCGAAGCUCCCUGAGGUUCAGCAGCAUCUCGUGCGCCCCAAUGAUCCAGUCGUCGGAACCAUCGUCUCCACCAAACGCUGCACCGUGUCCGAUCGUUCCGCGAGUUAUGUCCGGCACAUCGAGAUCGAUGUCGCUGGAACCGCUCUGGAAGGAUCCUGGAGAGCAGGACAGUCCUUUGGUGUCAUCCCACCCGGCACAACUCAAUCUGGCAAGCCCCACAAACUCCGUCUCUACUCCAUCUCAUGUCCGACAGGAGGCGAAACAGGGGAUGGCACGAUCAUCUCAACCACACUCAAACGACUCAUCGACGAGCACUGGGAUGACCACACUCUCUAUCUCGGAGAGUGCUCCAACUACCUCGCGGAUCUGCAGGUCGGCGACAAGGUCGAACUGACCGGUCCAGCCGGGAAACGAUUCCUGCUCCCAGAGCAUCCAGAAGAUCACAACUUCAUCUUCUUCGCCGCAGGGACUGGGAUCGCGCCAUUCCGAGGGAUGAUCGGGGAUCUCGUCAAAGCCGGGAUGCCCUCACGCGUGGACCUGUUUAUGGGCGUCUCGUACGAGACCGAUCUGCUCUACGACAACGAGUUCAAGGAACUCGCGAAGGAUUACCCCGAUCGCUUCUUCUAUCGUCCCGCGAUCUCGCGUCAUCUGACGCACAACCAGUCCCGAUACAUGUAUGUCCAGCAUCGGCUUGAGGAAGAUCGAGCCGUGCUCACAGAGAUCCUCAAGAGCGAGCGGACGCUGAUCUACAUCUGCGGCAUCGCAAAGAUGGAAAUGGGGAUCUUUCGGAUGCUCAAACGCAUCCUCGAUCCAGAAUCGCUCGCACAGUACCUCAAGAUCGAUCCUUCCAUCGGGAAUGACCCAGACCAAUGGAAUAGAUCGAUGAUCCCAAGGAGGAUCAAACCGACCAAACGGCUGAUGCUUGAGGUGUACUAG